AGAGGACGGGAGUAACCCCCAAAAUUUGUGUGUGUUAGUGACCCGCUUCGUGGUUCGCGAGUGAAUAAAGUAAUGAAGAAUCGCUGAGAUGCAGAAUUCCGCUGGAGAUUGACAUUGUGCCGAAGAAUAUGAAGCGGACAUGCACACUAUUAUCUCUUCUAAUAUUCACGGAAAUUGCAGCAACGUAUUAUGCUGGAGUAGAAACGUCAGACAUGAGUGCUCACAAUUAUGUUGAAGAGAGAAGGGGGAAGGUUAAUUUAAGACACAAAAAAGGAAGUGACAAUGGGAACCACACUGGUCCCUGGAUGGCGUGGAGCGCGUGGAGUGGGUGCCGGGACGGGCGGCGCUCGCGGCGGCGGCACUGCCUGCGGCGGAGGCGCUGCGGCGACGCGCUGCAGGUCCAAGUGGCAAGUUGCGAGUUCCAGAGAAGCCUCGUGCCACCUGCGUCGCUGCAUAUACAAUCAGUAAGCAUUCGAUACCGGCUAGGUACUAUAGUUUUCCCUCUAUUCAUAAAACUAAGCAACCCCUUACAAACCUCUGUAAAAUUUAGACUCUUUAUCCAGACUAUCCAAAGUCGCCAGUUAGAUAUGAACGAGGACGUCCAGAAGAGAUUCCGAGGUUUCUCGGCGUGGACCCCAUGGAGUUCCUGCUCCCGGCGAUGUACUACCGUCAGAAAAAGGUACUGCCGCCGGCCAGCCUUAUGUGGGCGAAAGGUGAUCCGCCAGAGCGCACUCUGCUACCUCGAGGGAAGCUUCUGCCACCGCUGGAUCCGCGGCCGCAUGCGCCGCAAGGACCCAGAAAAAACCGCACCCAACAAGCACUCGCACGUAGUAGAAACAAUGCCGCCACCAGCGCUUGCGAUCCAUCCUGAAGACACGCGGGUCACACCCAACGUGAAGCUCGAUUGUGGUAGAAUAGGACAACGUGCCACUGCGCGAGCGCGGCUCCGCGGCAUGCUUCGGAUUAUCGGCGGCAGGCCGGCGCCGCCUGGGAAGUGGCCGUGGCAGGUCGCCGUACUUAACCGGUAUAAGGAAGCAUUCUGCGGAGGUACGCUGAUAUCGCUCCGCUGGGUAGUGACAGCCGCGCACUGCGUCCGAAAGCGCCUCUACGUACGUCUCGGCGAACACGAUUUGCUCCUUCGGAACCGCGGUGAACUCGAAAUGAGGGUCACCGAGGCCGUCAUCCAUCCUCUGUAUGACCCUGACACGGUCGUCAACGACGUCGCGAUGCUACGGUUGCCUGGGCCCGCCCGUUUGGAUAUGGGGCACGGCAUCGCGUGUCUGCCUGGCGAGCAGCAGACCCUGGCGCCGCAUACCAGCUGUGUUAUCCUCGGCUGGGGCAAGAAGCGGUCUACUGAUGUCCACGGCACGAGGAUACUGCACGAGGCGCAGGUGUCGACAAUCCAGCAAGGCGUGUGCCGGCGCUCGUACUGGCAGUACGCGAUCACGGACAACAUGGUGUGCGCGGGGCGCGGGCGCCGAGACUCUUGCGCCGGAGACUCGGGCGGCCCGCUGCUGUGUAGGGGACAAGACGCGCGCUAUUACUUACACGGGAUCACGAGCUUCGGUGACGGCUGCGGCAAACGAGGAAAGUACGGCAUCUACACGCGCACCGCCGGGUACGUCGCCUGGAUCAACAACGUUAUGGACAAUAAAUAUUUCGAUGAUUGACCGCCCGUGUGUUUACACGUGACUUAUUGAGAGAA